AUUCAACUAAUAACGAGUUUAUUAUUCCCUUUUUUUUGGGUGUGUAGGUGGUCAAAAAUCGCGCAACAUUUGCCAGGAAGAACAGAUAACGAGAUAAAAAAUUACUGGAGAACCCGAGUCCAAAAACAUGCAAAACAACUAAAAUGUGAUGUCAAUAGCAAACAAUUCCAAGACACAUUACGUUAUCUUUGGAUUCCAAGACUAGUUGAGAGAAUUCAAGCAUCCAAAAUUUCCAAUAAUAAUGCUAGUAGUGAAACUCAACAACCCGUUCUGAGAACAGGUAUUACUGAGCUCAUUCCAAUUCAACUGACGAACAACAACAAUAAUAGUAUUUUAAUCACGAGUGUUAAACCGGAGAAUUCUAGCGUGGUAACUUCAUCAGAAAACUCAAUUGGCACACAAGUUUCACCUAAUCAAGAUUAUUAUCAAGUUAAUCAAAGUGAUCAAUUAUGGUUUGAAGAUUACCAAGCAAUGGAUCAACAAAAUAAUAAAGAAUUAUGGAUGGAUAAUUUGUGCAACAUUGAAGACAUUUGGUCCUAUUUAGAGAAUUAAAUUAACUCAACAACAAUGUUUGAGUUUGAGUUUUGUCAAAAAAAUUUAAGAGUCAUAAUUAAUAACAUUAAACAUCAUCAAAUGUUAGAAAGCAUACAACAAUUUUCUUCAUUUUUUAGUCAUUAUUUGUAAUAUUGCAAGUACAAGUAGAUGGUAAUAAUUAUAUUGUUAACUUGUCUUCUUCAAGAUUUUAAUCGUCCGUCAAAGUUGUAUGACUGAAACAGACUCUAUACAAGUUGUUGA